AGGAUUGGCUAAAGCAAUUGAAUGAGACAAUGGCAUUUUUUCAAUUGGUUCUCAAAGCCAGAAAGCUCGAGAGAGCUAGGUUGAGAUACGAAGAUGAGAAAUUGAGAUCGAUCGAGAUCUCCGAGGGUGUUGAGCCACGUCUGACUUUCAGGCAGCGUCUUCGACGAAGGAGAUUAAAAUGCAGAAAGAAGCUCAGGCACUUUUGGAGUCGAAUAAUUUCCUCCAUAACGCAUACGUGGGUUUGCCGAAAGGUGAGACUUCUCCGUACAGACGGUUCGCUCGAGAACUACAUUCUAAAGAGCGUGUUUGGAUUCUUGGGCGGCAUAUUACUCACGUAUAUGUUCUUCGUGUUCUUUGUUAUUCAAUUGAGCUUCACCCUCUCGUCCGCCACGAUAAUGUGCUCGGUUCUUGGAGUGGUCCUCACGCUUGGUUUAGCGUUUUCUUAUCGUAUAAGGUGUAUUGUAUUUCUAUUGCUGCCGCAAUUCUUUUCUAAACGUGGCAGACAGGCCUUGAUGGCCUAUGCCUUUAUUCUAACACUUACCGGACCGGCAAAGAAUGUCUUGCAUAAUAUCAGUAUCCUUUCGGAGUCUUUAGUCUGCGGACAGGAGCAAUUAAAACAAGCCGUGAAAAACGUGGUUGACUUAAUAAAAGAACCCUUCUACGCUCUGCGAGACGCGAUAUCGAAAGUAAUAAAGACGGUGAAGGUGGUCGUGAAGAAGAUUAAGCGGACCCUCGUGGCUAUCAAGCGACUCGUGCUCAGUAUACUGAGAGUGAUCACGUCGGUUUUUCAAUGGCUCGGCAGCAUCGUGAAUAUCUGCAACAAGAAGCUGGGCACGCCGUUCGACAGGUGUCAGAGGGUCUUUGACGGCGCGGUUACUGACUGCAAAGCGAAGCUUGGUCCCUUUUUCGGGGGGAUUUGCAAUCUGGCGUACGUCGUCGGUGCCCUGUGUUACGUAGUGAAACCUCUGGACUUCAUCUGCAUGCUCGUGUCUUAUGUCGCCGAUACCAUAGUUAACGCCGUACGGAAGAAAAUUAAAAGGUUCACUCGCCACGUAAAAGCAAUGUUCUACGUUAAAGUGAAAUUCUCGCACUCUUUCCAUUUUGAGACGAACCAAAGUAAAGCCCUCGGAGACGUAUCGACUGGCAUAAUUACCGAAGUGCGAUCGAGAACCGAUAGAUUUCUAGCUGUUUUCGAUUGGAUGAGCUUUAUGACCACUUUCUUCAUUUUCUUCACGCUGCUAAGGAUCUUGCAUUAUCGACACAAAUGGCUGACGAGCGAACGCUUCGAUAAUAAGUACUUGACUGAUGAUCUGCGCACUAUCGAUUUAAUAAGAACACGUCAGGAUAAGGAAACCAUUCUGCCGUUAAACCGUCGCGAAAGAAAUCAAUACAUCCCGCUGACGUCCGUUACAUUGAUCAAGGUGGAAAAAAUUAAGCUCACGAAAUCCGCCGUUUUUCUAGGCUUAACAACGUUCAAAAUCUGUAUCCACAUGAUGGCGGACUACAGUCUUCAUUGGAUUCUCAGCACUAUUAGAUAUCACGGGCGGAUCGAAACAAAGGUCCAACGACCCAAUUUCGUGGGCGUCUAUGUGUCUGGUGACGGCUAUCUCGCCGACCUUUAUCGAAGCAUCGUGAAAGCCUUCACGCCGCACACGAAGGAUACGGAGAUCGAUGUGACACCCUGCCUCCCGGAUCCCAUUCCUCCAGAUCUAGAUCGGUACACGCAGAUUGUGACGUUGAUGGCCUUCUGCUGGAUCAUGGCGAUAUUCGAGCCGUACGGAUUGCGACUGCGACACGUCGUCAUGUGCAAAUAUCACCCGGAAAGAGCGAAGCAAAGAGCCGCUUGGUUGUAUAAUCACAUAAUUAGGUCGAGAGGAAGUUUUCUAAAAUUUGCACGACGCCAGUUGCGCCGCAAGUUUGGCAUGACCGAAGGCGAGAGAAUCGAGAGAGUCACGUUCGCAGAGCGAUGCCUGGCGAUCUGCCCUUUCCUGAACAAAUUGUUCCCUCGAAAGCAGAACGUGUGUCUCCUGUGCGGCGCCGUGGAACGUUCCGAUCAGGAACCGCACAUUAAAUGCGCCACACCAAGCUGCGUCGGUUUGUUCUGCAUCCAAUGCUUCGCGGACUUGCAGAAUCUCUGCACGAUUUGCCGAUCGCCCAUUGACUACGGCGAUUUGUCAGACAUUAGCGAGGAGAAAGAUUCAUCCGAUGAUCAAUUGAUAGUAAAAAGGGAACCUGUACCAAUAAGCACAUAUAUCGAUGAAAGAGAAGAACCGGUUAUAGAAGAAAAACCCACGGAGGAAAUGGCAAAGGAAGAAAAAGAAGAAGAAGCGCCGAAGGAAAGUGUACCAGAAGAAAUAAUAGUGAAAGAAAGGUUGCCGGAAGAAGAGAUGCCGGAAAGAAGAAUAUCCGAAGAAAGGAAAGAAGAAAGAAUCGAAAGAAUACUUGUAGAAAAGAAGGACGAAGCAGUGCAAACGGACGACGAUAUCGGUGAAAGUAGUUCUGAUUCGAUCUGUUGUUACAGUAUGUACAUCACCUAUCUGCGUUUCGCACUGUAUUUCUAUUACAAAUGCGUGUCUUCAAAUGCACGCAAUUUAAUUAUCGAUACACGUGCCAGCUUGUCGAGAAGAAUCACGAGAGAUCGAAAUUGAGCACGGAGAAUGCCGUUCAAAGACGUCGAAGCGCAGAAAAUAAGGGAAGAUGUUACAAUUCAAAUUUUUAACGAGCCAUUGGCGAGGGAUAUUACCUCGAGUAGCGAGGAUCCGACGUCCUGUUUCGUGAUGAGAGCUCGUAGGAGACUUCGUACCAGGUUGAAAAGGAAAUCCUGCUCUUCCCCGCGCAAAGACGAUUCCAGCUCGUCUACGUCGAUAGCGGACACCGAAUCCUGCCCUACGGAGGAGCUAGAUGAGGAAGAGGUAAUUCACAUUGAGAUGGACGACGGCUCAAAGGAAUUACUCUUAAAGGCCGGUAGUGCAAAAGCAAGGAAACGAAGUAGUCACAUAGGAAGAAUCCUUGCUGCACUCGCGAAAAUUUCUUGGCUCGGCAAGAGAACGACGACCGAUAGCGACGGCGAAUGGCGAACGAGAAAACCGUCUCUCCUGGAUAGAAUAGCGCGGAUGCUGCCUGGAAAUCAAUCUACCGCGCCCGUGCGAAUGUAUCGGCGAAUUCGCACUACGAAAAAGGACGCGAGGCGUAAGGACUCUUCCUCCGUUUCCUCAUCUUCCGCCGACGAAGAAAACGAACGGCGCACGAUCUUAAAGGCGCACGAUCGGCAAGUAGAUUGUUUGCAAAUCAUCUCAGACCAUGACGAUUCCGGGGAUAAUAUUUACAGCAGAAAUUAUGAUUCGCAUCGCGCACGACGCGGGACGAUCUGUCGGCGAUCAGAUUCUCAUAAAACUGACGAUGCAAAACUGAGGUAUCCUCACGAGAAGAAAUUUCAAAUGAAAGAGUUGCCAAGACAUCUGCAGCCAGUUUCGAAGGGUACGGCGUAUUUUGAAGUGGAUGAGAUUAAAGAUUCUCAAUCGAAGCGAAAAUGUAUUCGUCCGGCAGACCGCAUUAAUGUUUUAUCGAACACCAGAAUAUCCGACAUCGACAGGAAUAAGAAGAGAGACAUAUGGGACAUCGCUAGUGACGACUACGCUCAAUUUCCUUGCAUGUCGCAAAUAUCCUGCGAUGUUAAAGAUAGCACGAGUCAAUCGGACAUGAGUGCCGUUACAGAACAAAGCAGUAAAAUAUCUGAAACGAACGGAAUGUCAGAAACAGAUAAGGAACGGUUAGCUACUGAUUGGGAAAGAUUAGAUCAAGAAAAGAAGACGGAAGAAAUUGUCACUACCGAAAAAACCUCGAUAGAUAGUGAAACAGAUCGACCAGGAGUUUCAAAAAACGCUCCAAUCGAAAAUGAUCGAAGGGAAUCAUUAGCGAAAAAUAGCAGAGCAAUUGUGGAGUCAAAUAACACUGUGGAGGGAGGUAUGAGAAUAUACUUUGCCAAAAAGGAACAAGCCGAAGAAUUAGCCCGAGGAAAAAGGGCCAGAGAAAAAGUGAUAGCGUCGACUUCGGUAGCAAAUGAUAAAGCUCGACUGUACGAUCCGUUAGCUAGUUUAGAGUUGUACGGCGUCACGUGCCAAGUAAAAAGACGUGAAAAACCUGCCGUGGAAAAAUUAACGAAGCAAUCGGGAACGGCGGAAAUACGUAUUGACGAUAGAAAGGCGGCGGGAUUUGAAGAAGAUAUUGAAAUGGUACAAAAAAGUGUGCAGGUUUUGGCGCGUGAAAUUAGAAAAUCUGCAACAUUAUCUGAAAAGAAUAUUCAAACGAAUCUGCGAAAAGCUGAAAAAUACAAAAGGUGUAAUAAGAUGUCGCAUAUCGACGCGGAAGUUUCCGGAGCAGUUGGCUUGGAAAGAAAAGGGAAGAAGAAGGAAAGAAAACAGAGAAAAUGGAUCGAUAAAUAUAAACAUCGCGAGCAAAGGAAAUCUGAUAGUAGCUCACCACGAAGAAAACAAGAAUCCGGUAAUAAGGCUACACUGGUGAAAGAAAAGCUUUACAAUAGAAAGAAACGAGAAAAUAUUUGCAUUCGCGAUGUGCUUACUCGUAGACAUCCCAGUACACGGCACGCGGAAGACCCUUUCCGUGCGAGUCGCGCGGAAUGGCAUCCUGACGGUGUUCGAAGGCAGGCAAGAAUUGCUCCCGCAUUAAGAUCAGUGGCUGAACCAAGAGAAAAUCGUCAAACUCAAUGUAAUCUUAGCGACCAGGAGGACCCUCGAAGCAGGAAAGACGAUAUCUACGAUGUGAAGUCUACAAACAAGUCAGAAGUCUGGUCCUGUCACGUUCAGCAAUUUAAGGCACCUGAGCAAAUAGUUUGCUGUCAAGAUUAUUGGGAUCAAGGAAAACUUUUGAGUUCAUAUAAUGACUCAUCAGAGAAGAAGCCGCAGCAAAUAAAAAGAAGAUACAACGUUAACGUGCGCGACGCCAGAUUGGAAAUACCUAUGUUGAAAAAAUAUUUACCCGCCUAUCAACCCCCUGGUUUGAUAGAAGAGCUGAAGGAACAUGAUAGAAUGAGAUUAAUUCAGGAACGAGAAGCUAGAAGACGGACAGCUUUGAGCGCUCUUCGAAGCACGAGGGAUUCUCUAUCGAGCGGUGCGUCGAGGCAUCGGGCGUGCGAUACUUCUGUAAUAUGCGACGCUCAUGAAACCGUCAGCAGAUUAACUUCAGUAAGAAAAGUUGCUCUCGCAUUGUCUAAAGAUUGCAAGAAUUCUUGCAGACUCCGUCGUACCCAGCAAUAAGCUAAUGUAACUUGAUUAAUUUCUCUUCUAAUUGAAUCUCAGCGUAUUUGUUGCUAUGCGAUUGUUGAAAGUGGAAAGUAUUCUCGGUAUGACGACAUACCAAUGUGCGGUCGCUGUAAGAGAAUGAAAGGUUAAAGAUAUAAAGUAUCUCUCAGUUUCGAUAUGAUACAUUCCAAGGUCUCCACGAGGCUGACAGAGGGGAAUACCCUUCCGUAUCAAGAAACGCAAGCUUUCAAAGACGUCGUGCGUGAGUUUCGGGACAAAAUGAUAACGACCGAGAUACCUCUAAUAUCUUUAUCUCAGCGCGCAGACAAAUCUAAAGAUGUGAAACAAUUGUUUCCUCUCAAAAAUGAAGACCGCGGCGGAUUUACGGCGACGCCGAAGUUCGCGAAAGUUGUUAACAGGUUUAAGGUACACGAAACUUUAUUUGCGAGAGAUUCAACCGGAAUUAAGAACGGUUAAAGUGGAUUUGUGCGCGUAGAUUGUAGUUAAGUGUGGAAUAUUUAGUUGUACAUUGACUUUUACUGCGGGAGCUGAAACAAUUUGAAAUUAAUUUACGCCCUUCGGCCAUUUAAUGUAUGCGAGUACAUGUUUUACGUUUCACUAUGAUGUAAUUAAUAAUUGGAAUUAAUGUUCGUACGCAGCCAAUAUAUGAUAAAUACGAGGCAGAAGAAGAGUGUACUACAAUAUACAAAACAACGCGGAAAUUUCCAAGCGAAUCGUUUAGCGAAAUGUCGUCAACUUGCAGUUACCCUCGUGAACAUCGUCGAUUUGACGUCUCGACUUCGGCCGACGAAAGCACAGAUAACAAUGUUGAUAUCUCAUGAAUGUGUUAUAUAAUAAAGAAUGCAGGGAAGAAAUCUUGUAAUCGAAUUAGUGGUAUUAUCUAAAUGUUAAAGUUGUUUGUGAAAUUAUGUAACGCUCUACUUCGUUGUUUGUUACGUUAUGUAACUGAAACUCUUUGAGGUUUAAUUUUAAAUAUUGACAAGUUCGGCAAACUUUAAAGGAAGAUAAUCUAAUAGUAAAUUGCUUGUCGAAUGUAUGUCGCAAACAGCGUUGCGGAGCAAUGUGUCGCAUAUUUGUCAGCGCUGAUACAGUGUUAAAAAAAAAAUCGUGCCGUUCGCAUUUGCAUAUUACACAGUGCGGGGCGAAAUAAUUUAUACGCAUAACCGAAUAACACGCAGCUGCUAAAGUGUCCGUCUGAAAACAAAUACAGCGACUACCAGAAUCAAAAGCAAACAACAGAUUUCUUAUCGGUGGUGCUAAAUACCACUACAGCUGAACGAUUAAUUAAUACACGCAAUAGACACGAGUCAAAGUUAUUGUAUGAGAAUCCAUCUGCUAACGCGGAACCCUUAAAGACGACCGUACAUUUUUCACAGGCAAAUUGAGAACGCUCGUAAAUCACGAAGGAUUCCGACAGUCGUGGCCGUUGGAAAUGCGAUCAACAAGCUACGUGAAUAAUGCAUCGGACGAUUUUCUGCGAGCACGUGCUAUCGAGACAACAAAAAACGUGGCAAGAUUACCUUCGUAUCAUUGCUUAGACGCGCUGAGAUAGAAAGGUCACCUAAAAACAAGUCACCGAAUGAUUGCCGGUGUAAUCCGAGAAACGGGCGAAAAGGCAUCGCUCAAGAGUUGAUACCAAUCCGACAUGUUGGCUGCAUUUGUAAACUAACGCCGUGCAGAUGUAGAAAAGACAGAUUCAUCUGUAAGAGACCGCUGGCAAAGUGCUAUUACUGCAAGAGUCU